AUGGCCCCUCGUUGGAUCAUCACAACAUCCGCCAUCGUCACAGCCAUCCUGGCCGCAGCCAUCUACAUCGUUUACCACUCCCCAUCACUCUCUGCGCUGAGUCCCUCACUAUACGCUUCUCUGUCGCAGUACCCCGGGUAUCUGGGCUCCGAAUGCGCGGGGAAACCGCAUCAUGCGAGCUGGGAGAGCUGGUGGCAUCCGCAGCACAGCACUGGGAACGCCACUGCCGCCAAGAGCAAGGAUGGUGCGGCGGCGAGGACAAAAGAUUGGAAUAUCUUGUAUCACUUGGGUGGUAAUGGGCCGUGGGUGGAGAAGAAGAUUGAUGUUGUUGAGGGGGGUGUUGCGGUGCCGGAGGGCUGUGAGGUUGUGCAGGUUCAUAUGAUGGCUAGACAUGCGGAGCGAUAUCGUACGAGGAGAGCUGGUCAUGCUCAGAAAUCUGUUGUCAGGCGUAUUAAGGAAAGUGGAAAGGUUUUUGAUGGGCGUCUGUCAUUUUUCAAUGAUUGGGAGCUUUUCUGGUCUUCAGACGACCACCUGGAACAACUUACAUCUACCGGCCCAUUUGCUGGCACACUUGGUUCCUUCACCACCGGAGUCCGCUUACGCACACGCUACCAACAUUUGAUUGACAAAGCUACCGCCAAUCAAGAACAUCCUACCAUUUUCUGGGCUAGCGACUCCAACAGAGUCAUUGAAACAGCCAAACACUUCGCCUCAGGCUUCUUUGGCCUCGACUAUGCCGCCGCAAAAACAGCAAGUCUCUCAAUUAUAUCCGAGCACUCCUCCCUCGGCGCAGACACAUUAACACCAGGCCGAACUUGCCUUGGCAACAAAAAAGACAAAGAGCACGGCCAGCGAAAGGGAUAUCGUCUCAUGGCUGAGUACCGCGCUUCCUACAUGCCACCCAUCCGCGAACGCCUCCUCGCACAGACUGGCAUGGAUUUCUCCGACGAAGAAAUCUACGCAAUGCAGGAAAUGUGCGGCUUUGAAAUCACGGUUCGUGGACACAGCAACUGGUGCAAUGUCUUUACGCAAGAAGAGUUUCUCAGCUUUGAAUACGCAAGAGAUCUCCUUCAUUACUACCGUGCGGGACCGGGCCAAAAGUAUGCCAAGAGCAUGGGGUGGCUCUGGUUAAAUGCUACGACGAACUUGUUGGUGCAAGGACUGGAGGAGGCGGGACCGUUGUUCUUCAGCUUCGUUCACGACGGAGACAUCGCGCCCAUGAUGAGUGCCCUCGACGUUAUCAACGACGCCCAACACCUUCCGACCACACACAUCGCGCACGACCGCAAAUGGCGCAAAUCCCAAGUCUCACCUAUGGGCGGCCGCGUCAUCUUCGAACUGCUGUCUUGCAGCAGUAAUGGCGCCGCUCAAGAUGCUCCAGCUAAAUUUAUCAGACUAAACAUCAACGACGGCAUCACGGCGCUGCCAGACUGCAACUCCGGACCAGGCAAAGGCUGUCCUCUAGCUGACUUUGCAGCCCGCACGAAGAGGAAAGGCGAGGAAGUAGAGGACUUCAAGGAGCUGUGUGGCUUACCUGAGGAUGCAGCUGGAAGAAUAACUUUUCUGUCCCAAAAGCUUGCGAGGUAG